AUGCUCUGCUACCCGAUCUUGCUGCCGACCGUCGACCCGGAGCCCCGGCUGGAGGCGCUGAAGAAGCGGAUGCAAGAUACGAUUGGCACAGUGGCCGACAUGGUCAAUAAGGGCAUGAACGCCUUCGAGGAUUUUGAGGGACAGCUGAUUCAGGAGGUGUUGAGUGAACAUAAGGGUGGAACUAAGGAUCAGUUGCUGACGGCGCUCCGCGACGGCAUGGACAAACACGGGCCGGAAGGAAUCCAGCGCGUCUACCUGGUACACGAGGGCGCUAAAAACGCGACGCUGUUUGGGUGCCCGAAGCAGAGCUGUGGCUGGAAGCGUCAGGACAAGUAUCUGGUGAUGUCGAUCCGAUACCCGGCCAUCCCCUACAAGCACAACAACGAGAACUUCCAGCUGGCCGCCCACUCGCUGGAGCGGCGCAUGGCUGUGCUUGACGUCAUGCAAGGCAACGAGGAUUACCUGGAUGUCCUAGAGUUGAGCGUGGCUACCGUAUGCAUCCCGCACAUUGUCGUGGACCAGGAGCUGAUUGGCACAUACCUCAAGCGGCUGCAGGACAAGUUGCAGCUCAUGUUGCAGGGUGUUGAUGAGAUGCUGGACUUGGUGUUGGCCAAAAUGGAUGCCUACGACAAGGAUAUCUUCCACCGCCGAAUGCGCGCCUACACGGAGUUGGACACCGCCGAGCAGUGGCUGAUGACGCUGAAGCACCAGUUUGACGACCUUGGGCGGGCCGGCAUCGACACCGCCUACAUCGUGGCAGUCAGCGGGCGCUCAAAUCAUAGCGGCUACUACGCUAGCCAACAGCGGGAUUUACCCCUACAAGGGGUUUCCACAGGGUGCAAGAGCUUUGUCUGGCGCAGCCCGACGAAUCGAUGGUCGCACGAAUGGGACACGUUGGUCCAGACGGAAGUGGAGAAAUUGAGGACCGCGCUUGAGAAAAACAAGGACAUAGCGCACAAGGAUGUGGAAGCUAUUCUCACCGGCGAGCUGCUUCGAACCUUCCCCAACUUUAUCCUGUCCUGGGCGCCAAGGGAUUCGCCGCAACCCCUCGCGGUGAUGGAGGCCGGGCAGGAAGUGCUCGGCAGCUACGACAUCUCCACACACCAAUACCUAUUUGACACCCAGAACGCGUCGAUCAUCUACAGUCUGCUUCUUCUUCACCCUUACCCGCCAAAA